GACGAGAGGCACAGGGACCUGCAAUCUAAAAAAUCUGUGAGAGCUGCUGCAGCCUGCUUGUUGCCAUCUGUACCUCUCCUCUCACCACUCAUCGAUUCCCCCCCUCCUCCCCUUGCACUUCUCUCCAUCCCCUCGCUCCCUCUCUCUUUUUUCCUCCCUUUCCUUUCCUCCUGCGUCUCUUUCUCAAAGCUCAGCACUCCCUGCAUGUGUGCCGGUGCUGGGGGUGAAAAACUGAUGGAGCAAAGAAGAGGAGAGGAGGAGCAGCGUUGUUAGUGCGCCACAGAAAACCUAGCCCCCCCCUCCUCCUCUGCCCAAUUGAUGACAAGGAGGGUUUUUAUUGAGCUGCUCCUCAGCCAAUAAGGGAACAGUGCCGGGAAAUACAGCAGUGGAAGUGCACUGGCUCUGAUGCUUGUGCUGAUUUCAGUGUCAGAACAAUGUUAAUCUGUGUGAGUGUGUCUUGAUUUCUCGUCCGUGCCCGGUGUGAAUGCACCUCAGCUGCAGCCUGAGCCCAGAGAAGUCCUGUGUGUGAGUGUCAGAGGAGGGGAGGGGGGCUCACGGACAGAAACAGACCCCACAAGGAAGGAGUUCUGCAAUGUCUUUUGAGAGUGGGAUCAACCAAAGUGCAGCUUGUUGAGAUUUUUCCUUUGCUCGUUCCUCCUGUCAAGAAUCUCUCCGGCCCUGUUCUCUCAUUCCAGGGGAGGCAGCACAUCUCUGUUCAAGGGACGCUGCACCUAGUCUUUGACAAUGAAGUUUAACUUGUUCAGAAGGCCACAGGCCGUGGCGGCCGCGGAGCCCACCGGUGCCACCGGUGCCACCACCACCAUGACCAUGGCGCCCAGCCCGGCGGUUAUCUCCACCACCGCCCUGGACAUGUCCGGCUCCAACAACACAGAGAUCAGCAAGAAUGACAUGUUUGAGGAAAUCAAGAGUAAAUUCUUGAAUGAAAUUGAUAAAAUCCCAUUGCCUCCAUGGGCCCUGAUUGCCAUCGCUGUGGUGGCCGCGUUGCUCAUCCUCACCUGCUGCUUCUGCAUAAUCAAAAAAUGCUGCUGCAAGAAGAAGAAGAACAAGAAAGGCAAGAAGGGCAAGGACGGCUUCAACAUGAAGAACAUGCAGGAUGGCGAGAUACACCAGGACGAUGACGAUGACGAGGGAGAGACCGGUUUGACGGAGGAAGAGAAGGAAGAAGAGGAGAAAGAACAAGAGAAACUGGGGAAGCUGCAGUACUCUAUAGAUUAUGACUUUGAGAACACAAAGGUCACGGUCGGCAUCCUCCAAGCUGCGGACCUCUUGUCCAUGGACUCGGGAGGAACCUCAGAUCCUUACGUCCGAGUCCUGCUCUUCCCCGACAAGAAGAAGAAGUUCGACACCAAAGUGCACAAGAAGACGCUGAACCCCGUCUUCAAUGAGACGUUUGUAUUCAAGGUGCCCUACGAGGAACUUGGUGGGAAGACACUGACGAUGUCUGUUUUCGACUACGACCGAUUCUCCAAACAUGACGUCAUUGGGGAGGUGAAGAUUCCCAUGAACACCAUCGACCUUGGACGGCCGAUCGAGGAGUGGAAGGAUCUGGAGAGCGCCGACCAGGAGGAGCCUGAGAAACUCGGAGACAUCUGCAUCUCCCUUCGUUACGUCCCCACCGCCGGAAAACUCACCGUCUGCAUCCUGGAGGCAAAGAAUCUGAAGAAGAUGGACGCCUGCGGAUUAUCUGAUCCUUAUGUGAAGAUCCAGCUGCUGCAGGGGGGUAAGCGUCUGAAGAAGAAGAAGACCACGGUGAAGAAGAACACCUUGAACCCAUAUUAUAAUGAAUCCUUCAGCUUUGAAAUCCCUCUAGAACAGAUGCAGAAAAUCUUGGUGGCGGUCACGGUGUUUGAUUAUGACAAGAUCGGUAAGAACGACGCCAUCGGGAAGAUCUUCGUGGGCAGCAAGGCGACCAGCUUGGGCCUGAAGCACUGGUCCGACAUGCUGUCCAACCCCCGCCGUCCCAUCGCCCAGUGGCAUCCAUUGCAACCCGAGGAGGAUAUCGACGGUCAGCUGGCAUCUCUGGCGGCCAAGAAGUAACGUGCUCCACCGACCAGCUCAUGCACUAACUCAGAAAUCCAACCCCCCCGCCCCUAUUUUGCAUGAAACCCAUGACUUUAACACACGGUCAUGAAAACUGCUCAGCAAAAAAGAGACGUCGUAGAUCCCCCGCUCAUUUAUGGUUAAGUCGGAAAAAUAAAACAGUUUUUAAAAAUGAAUCAUCACAUCUCACACAUUUAGCUGAGAAGAGUUGCCGUCGAGUUACGGGGGUGACCGGCUCCUGAACGAUCGAAGAAACAUAGAAACUGAUUCGUAGGGUGCUGUUCACUGAUCGAAAGUCUCGGUGGAGACAAUACUGGAAAUAAAGCUUUAGUUUAGUUGAGCAUGCUUUACUUACCCCCCCCACCCCCCCCCACUGCUCUGCAUACACCACACCCAGUAUUGUAUCCUGCUAAUAAGUGUGCUAUAACUUGCAAUAGAGAGUACUGUAGUAUUGGGCUAUUUUCCGCACAGAGUGUGUUUAAGUGAUGCAGAAAAAAAGAGUUAAUUGAGAACGGAUGAGGUCAUCGAAUGCAUUUACUGUGAAUUCGAUACACACGGUAGAGAAGUGCACAGUGUGGCACCGGGGACGCCGCAGCUAUCUGAUCUCUGUCGCUUGUUCUGUGUGUCGCCAAUGGAGGCAUCGUCUAUGCAUUUAGCUUCGACACACGUCUCUGUGUCUUCAGACAGAUGUAAUGUAGGACAGGAGUACAUGGGUGCCUUUCCCUGAUAUGUGACACUUUGAGAAAGGCGGCGUUUAGUGGAGAAGGUGGGGGGUUGGGGGACUUUUAUUGUUCAAAAGUCGUCAGGGACACUGUGAAUGUGCCAUCGGAAAUGUGUCUUGAGCUGCGUCGACCACUUGGAUGUAAAAACCCGCACUUACCCGCAGGGAAGGUCAGGACACUGUAGGAGGAUUACCAAUGACGUUCAAAACAGUUGUGACUUUGCUUCUGCAUUCUGCCGACGCUUCUGAAACACACCUCUCGCUUUUUAUUUUCACAUCCAUUCAGCGCUCUGUGACGGAUGUCGUAGUUUACACACAAACGCAAAUAAUCGGUGAUGAAACAAAGUGAGCAUUUUCCAGAUGUUUUUAUAGUGAACUGAGUGUGAAACGUAAGAUGUGACUGCACUUUUUAAGAGAACGGGAAUUCAACUACAAAGCGAAUGUCAACGCGGCUCAAAGUGCUGCAUCGAAACACAUUAAACAAUAAACAUGUCCAGGAGCAUUUGCUUGAACCAAAUAGAGCCGCAAGAAUCGCGCAUGUGUCUCACACACCUCACAGUAGUCGUUUAAAUCCCAUUGAUCAGACACAGGCUUUGUAAACCUGGAGCCAAAGUGCUACACUCACUUCAUCAUAGAUUUACUGUGUUAGUGUGAUGUGCAGAUGCAUGGAGGCAAAAAGGCUUUAGAGCAACUGAACACCGGGUUUAAGAAAAAGAAAAUACAAAUCUCACUACCGCAUUAAAAAUUUAAAUGAUCUUAUUUGGAGCCAUCUGUCUAAACUUAUGUGGAAAAUUUCCAAUUUCCAGUUUUUUUUUUUUUCAGUCUAGUGGAAUCAAACAUAAAUCUUCAGCUGUUCAUUAUUAGAUAAAACCUCCCAAAGCAAAUCAUAUAUUCAAGUUGAUUAAAUUGUCACUUCUGGAUAAAAAAAUAACGCUAAUUUCGUUUAGAAACCAAAAGAACUACAAAUACCACCCUGCAGUUGGAUGCCUCCACUAACCAGUGCAGUCAUAUGAUGUCACUGUGACCUUUGACCUUUGAACCACUGAAAUCCCAAAAUGUGAAGAAAUCCCCUAGAGGCAGACUGGAGACAUCAGGUUCAAGAAGCCAAAAAACAUAUUUGUGUGGCCACAAUGACAUUGACCUUUGACCUCUGGCUACCACAAUUAAAUUAAUGAAUCGUUGAGUCCCAGUGAAUGUUUGCACCAAAUUUAAAGAAAUUCCCUCGAGGUGUUCUUGAGAAUGGGAUGGACGUACAACCCCAAAACAUAUGUCACUGGUGUGGAGCCAUAAAAAAACACAUGAAAACCCCAUUUAUUUCCGUAAAAUGAACGAGAAAAGGGAUUUUAAUUGGUGGGAUGUGAAUCUUUAGAAUAUAUAUCGUACUGCACAGAACACGAGUCUGACAAACUGCUGCAACUGAGAGUUUGAGCAGAACAUUUCUCAUAAAAAAAAAUGAGACAUCCUGCAUUUUUCGGUCGUGAUUAAUGGAAGAUCUGACAAAACCUACAGAGAAAAAUGGAAAGAAAAUAUUUCAGCCAUAUCUAAUUUUAGAUAUUGAAGAGUGUUUUAAAUGAUAAACUAGCCAUUUGACCAUGAGAUCAAAACGUUGGGGAUCCUCCGUCCAAUAGAUGAUGUGUUUUAUCAUCAUGUGAUCCAUGUGAGAGGAGAUGUGAGAUUAGAAGCUCAGCAAACUACACAAUGUGUGUAAAUGAAAAUAAAAACGAGGUGUUCAGCUGCUUUCUUUGCCUCCGUAUAACCACCAGAAAUGAAAAGUGAGUGUAAAUGAAGGGAAACAGCAGCACACACUGACCGGUCCACCCACAGUACUUCUGCUAUAUUACUAUCAACCCCAUGCAUCGCUGCAGAUUUGUGAAUAGGCUACAGCAUGAAUUUACAAGAUGAUGUAAAUAGCAGCAUGUUUUAAAGAGGAACCAUUAUUAUAUUGUGUAUGUGUGUUUGUGUUCUAUGUCAUUUUUGAUAAUAAAACAGAGUAAAAAAAACCUGUAUGCACUGACUGCAAAGUGUAUGUAUUUUUGCUAAAUGGGACUGAAUGUACAUGUCUGGAUACUUCAUGUUAUAUAUGGUUCACGGGCUCCUUUAAAGCCUGGAGUUAUAGCAGGGUUGCUUUAUGUGUCAUGUGUGAAGAUCUGUUUCAUUUUUCUCACAAAACUGCACGAGUGUCUAAAUUUCCCUGUCAUUGCUUGUAUGUGUCCUCUGUGCUGAACCCAGUGUAUCCGUGUGCUCGGGCUACAGGUCGUGUAACUACUGUUCAUUCCUGCUUGCACUUGUUGUUCAGUCUGUCUCGGUCGCUGACCAGCAAACUGUAUAGAUUUCAAAAAAACAAAAGAGGAGAAUAUUUGCUGGCUCCUUGAUUUUCUAUCUCAGUGUACCGUAAGUGUUUCCUUCAUUUACUCCUGCCAGAUGAGUGUCGAGUCCCAGUUAAUCCAAUGUAGAUAUACAGUCGACGACUUAACUGACUUGUGGCCCGUUCUUUUUCCUUUGAUUCACUCUUUAUUAAACUGUACCUUUUCAACAUGUCGCCACUCGAAUAAACCUGCUCCCAGCUGUCGGAUCACACAUUAGAAGUGAGUGAAAUCAGUAAUUUGCAUCUAAAAGUAACCAAAUCCUUUUAUUUUUUUACAUUUGUGUGAAAUAUCAUUACUGGAUAUUAUUGAUGUCGCUCUCUCAAGUAGCUCCAGUCUGAUAAUUAAGCAAUCAAUAAUCUUUUUCAUUACAAAUGCCACUGUAUGAGUGAACACACAGUUUAAACGUGCAUGCUCUGUGAGAUACGGAUGCUCUAUCAAUCACGACAUCUCUGAUGUGGGGAUCUGUUUUCUCCGUCCGUCCGUCCAUGAAGAUGAAUAAUCACAGUGACAGUCCAUCUCUUAGAGUAGAAGGUAGUAUGUGUCUUUAGAGUUUGGAGGAAGAAUAAACCAGGCAGACACAUUUACAUUUUAGUAUCGAGAAGAAGAUUAAGUUUCACAUUUAAGUUCAUGACGUUACGUUUCUAUAGUAUGUGUAAUGUCUUAAAUCCUUUUCUCGGGAUCAUCCAAUAUACUCACUCUCAUCCCGUCUAUCUACACAUGAUCUAUAAUCUCCAUUUUGUGUAAUUUGUGUAUUUGCAAUAAGAACCCACUUGACCCUGUGUUUGUUGGUUUGGUGUAAUUGUUUGGGAUUUAGUGAAUGGACUGUAUGAGUUUAUCCAUUUUCUGCAAUGCAGGCAACAAAAUCCCAGUCUUCCCGGUCUCACGCGCUCUCCUGAGCGCCGAGCCGACCCAUUCAGUGCAGAACCACAUUCGCAAUGCAAUACUGCCGACCUGCUGCUUCCUCUCUAGUCACCCUCCUCUGGACGCACAGUAGCCAUGAUGCAGAACAUCCAAAGAGACGACUGUCAUCACUCACUUACUGAGCAACACAGACUGCUUGAACUCGACUCUCCCUUUCUGUCUUGAUGUAGACGUGUGUCAGUAGUUGUGCCCUUUUUGUGAACUGCAUGAUUUAUUUCCUUAUAAAAUCCAUGUUUUCCAGCAAAGGGGGAAACAAAAAAGACGACAAAAAAAGAAAAAUAACUGUACUCAUAUAUCACUCUGUAGAGCUGAAGGGAACCAAAACAUGGGAAGUGGUCAGGGCUUAUCUGUGUUGUAAAAAAACUGUAAUCAUAGGAAAUAAAGGCAUUUUAAGUAGC